AACUGAUUUCAACAAUUCUACGUUCACAGUUUUCACAAUAACUGAGACCAUGAAGCUUUAUAUUGUUACCGUUAAUUUAAUUGUUCUCUUGUCCCUUUUUCUAAUUGUUACCAAUGUCCACUCAAAGUCACCUGAACCAUCAAAAGGUGACGAUCAAUUUACUGACCUUUUGAAAGUAAAAGUAGAUGAAAUUUCCGAUACUUAUGUAAUCAUUAAUGUAACUGGAUCAAGUGAUUUUCAAGAUUAUCCAUUUGACAGAUUAAAUCUCACCGGUAAAAUUGAUAAAGUUGAAAAUAAGAAACAUAUCUGGAUACCUGUGGAUGAAGGCUUUCAAUUCAAUGUGACCAAAAGUAUUCAUAAUAAUAAAACCCAAUCGAUUAGUAAUCUAAUCAAAAUUGAUAACCUUCAACCUAAUCAACUUUAUCGGUUUAAAAUUGUGGGAAAGUAUGGAAAUGUGAUCUAUGUCGAUACUGAGCCCGAACAUGUGGACAUUACGACGAAACCAUUGGCACCUAAAGGUACCGUUAAUAAGCAGAUAAGUUUAUCGUUAGAAGGAACCAACGUCAAAACUUAUUUCGUUCAAGUUGAUAAGGUUGUUAAACGAAACAGAUUAGAGACUGUGAUUAACUCAACGAUCUCAUCGUCGCAUUCUGAUUACAUAACUUUGGACAAUUUAAAAUCGGGUACAAGAUAUUCAAUUAAACUCUGGUACUUGGAUAAUAACAAGAAAACUUCAGCAAUCAAAACAAUUGAUUAUAAAGCUUAAUUAGUUAGACAAUCAAUAAAUAAAUGUGAUAAAAGUUAAA